AUGGGUCCCCCACAGCCGACCUCCCCUCAUGAACCCCAUUCACCUUACGGGUCGCCCUUCCAUGGGCGUAGUGAGAGUGACUUCUCUUCCACUGCUCCUCCGUACGAGGACGGAUACCACCACCAGCAGCACGCUGAAGCACAACACUCUGAUGCCGCCAUCCCCUUCCUCGGCCACGGCGAAGAGGCGAACUCGGGCUUCUACCCCCAGCGUGGCAUGUCGACGAGCCCCAACCCUUACCAACAGCGUCAUAACGCCGCCAGUCCUGGCCCCCUCAGCGUGUCGGAUUCUAUGAACGAUGGUAUGACGCGAUACUCCCUGCAGGAUACCGGCGCUGCGAUCUUCCCGGGCGGGCAGGACCCCAACAUGGGCUUGCAUCGCCGAUCUGGAGUUUCGACUCCCGCAUCAGAGACCCCCUCGGAUGCCUGGCAGCAACGCAAUGCGCCUGCCUCGGGCCUGCGCCGCUACGCGACCCGUAAGAUCAAACUGGUUCAGGGCUCUGUCCUGAGUGUGGACUACCCCGUUCCCAGUGCAAUCCAAAAUGCCAUUCAGCGGGAAUAUCGCGAGUCGGAGGAGGGGUUCCCGGAGGAGUUUUCUCAUCUGCGUUACACCGCCGCUACUUGCGAUCCAGACGAAUUCACCUUGCGCAACGGUUACAACCUGCGUCCUGCCAUGUACAACCGACACACCGAGCUUUUGAUUGCCAUCACCUAUUACAACGAAGACAAGGUUCUCACAGCUCGAACUCUGCAUGGUGUUAUGCAGAACAUCCGGGAUAUCGUCAACUUGAAGAAAUCGGAGUUCUGGAAUAAGGGUGGCCCUGCCUGGCAAAAGAUCGUCUGUACCCUGGUUUUCGAUGGUAUCGACCCGUGCGACAAGAACACCCUCGACAUGCUUGCGACGGUCGGUAUCUACCAAGACGGUAUCAUGAAGCGAUCUGUUGACGGUCGCGAAACGGUCGCCCACAUUUUCGAGUACACCACACAGCUGUCGGUUACGUCGAAUCAGCAGUUGAUCCGACCCCAAGGCACCGAAUCAACAAACCUUCCACCGGUCCAGAUGAUCUUCUGUCUCAAGCAGAAGAACAGCAAAAAGAUCAACUCCCAUCGUUGGUUGUUCAACGGAUUUUCUCGUAUUCUUAACCCUGAGGUUGUGAUCCUGAUUGACGCGGGUACCAAGCCUGGCAAGAAGUCUCUCCUGGCCCUCUGGGAGUCCUUCUACAACGACAAGAACCUGGGUGGAUCGUGUGGCGAGAUUCACGCCAUGUUGGGUAAGGGCUGGAAGAACCUGAUGAACCCGCUUGUUGCUGCUCAAAACUUUGAGUACAAGAUCUCCAAUAUUCUCGACAAACCCCUCGAGAGUGCCUUUGGAUACGUGAGUGUGUUGCCUGGCGCUUUCUCUGCUUACCGGUAUCGCGCGAUUAUGGGCCGGCCCCUCGAGCAAUACUUCCACGGUGACCACACACUUUCAAAACAACUCGGAAAGAAGGGUAUUGAAGGCAUGAACAUCUUCAAGAAGAACAUGUUCCUUGCUGAGGAUCGUAUCCUUUGUUUCGAACUGGUGGCUAAGGCCGGUUUCAAGUGGCACUUGACCUAUGUCAAGGCGUCCAAGGGUGAGACUGAUGUGCCCGAAGGAGCUGCUGAGUUCAUCAGUCAACGUCGUCGUUGGUUGAACGGUUCGUUCGCUGCCAGUCUGUACGCCAUGAUGCAUUUCGGCCGGAUCUAUAAGUCUGGCCAUAAUAUCAUCCGUCUUUUCUUCCUUCACAUUCAAAUGACCUAUAACUUUGCUGGUCUAAUUAUGACCUGGUUUUCUCUCGCUUCGUUCUGGCUUACUACUUCUGUUAUCAUGGAUCUGGUGGGAACACCAAGUGACGCAAACAAACAUAAAGGCUGGCCUUUUGGUGAUGACGCAUCGCCCAUCGUUAAUAACUUCCUGAAAUACGGCUAUGUGUUCUUCCUGAUGCUUCAGUUCAUCCUGGCCCUGGGUAAUCGCCCGAAGGGUUCGCGUCUCGCAUACACUCUCUCGUUCAUUUACUUCUCGAUUGUUCAGUGCUACAUUCUUGUUUUGUCCUUCUACCUGGUGAAGAACGCUUUCACCGGAGGUACAUUGGAUUUCGACAUGAGCAAGGGUAUAGGUGCUUUCUUGAAGUCCUUCUUUAGUUCGAGUGGAGCCGGUAUUGUCCUGAUCGCCUUGGUCUCGACCUACGGUAUCUACUUCAUAGCCAGUUUCCUGUACAUGGAUCCCUGGCACAUGUUUACCUCGUCAUGGGCCUACUUCGGUGGUAUGACUUGUUCGAUCAACAUCCUGAUGGUCUACGCCUUCUGCAACUGGCACGACGUGUCAUGGGGUACCAAGGGAUCAGACAAGAGUGAAGCCCUACCCGAGGCAAAGACGGCAAAGGAUGAUGGAAAGUCCAACUUCAUCGAAGAGGUUGAUAAGCCACAGGCCGAUAUUGAUAGCCAGUUCGAAGCGACCGUCAAGCGCGCGCUGGCGCCGUUUGAGAACCCCGAGGAAGGUGAUGAGAAGAGCAUGGAUGACUCUUACAAGGCCUUCCGAACCAACUUGGUGCUGUUGUGGAUUUUCAGUAAUCUGCUCGUGGUGCUGUGCAUUACUGCCACCGGCAUCGACCGAUUCUGUCUGACCAACACCUCGACUGUACGUACUGCGAACUAUUUCUCGGCCAUUCUGUGGACGACAGCCGGUCUGUCCAUCUUCCGCUUUAUUGGUUCCCUUUGGUUCCUGGGCAAGUCGGGCAUUCUGUGCUGUGUUUCCCGCCGCUAA